CUCGUGGGAGAUCCGUGCUUAGAAGAAGUUCUUUUCAACGGAAACAAGCUGUGUCAGCUACCAUGUGCAAAGAAAGAGGUAGAGAUGAUCGGGAAUAUCCUCGAUACCACCCCCCUCAUCGGUCAAAAGGCAACUAAAGAUGAAGUUUUAAAGCGACUCUCCACGGUCGCUUUGGUACACAUCGCUGCACAUGGUGCAAUGGAAACAGGAGAAAUUGCGUUGGCACCAAACCCUACUCGGGGAACCAAUCAGCCUGAAGAGAAAGACUUUUUAUUAACAAUGACAGAUGUUUCAAAAGCUCAUCUACGGGCAAGACUGGUUGUGCUUAGUUGCUGCCAUAGCGCUCAUGGAGAAAUAAAGGCAGAGGGAGCGGUUGGCAUUGCACGAGCAUUUUUAGGUGCUGGUGCUCGUUCCCUCCUGGUUUCCCUGUGGGCGAUUGAUGACGGGGCUACUUUCCAGUUCAUGAAACAUUUCUAUGAAGAGCUUGUGAAAGGAAAGAGGGUCAGUGAAGCCCUUAACCAAGCCAUGCGACGUAUGAGAGAGUCCGAAACUUUCAAGGAAGUUAAGUACUGGGCGCCCUUUAUUCUCAUUGGAGAUGAUGUUACACUGGAACUGAACCGAACCGAUGGCAACCAAAUGCUGCCCAAUCUAAAUAUUAUUUCGAAGUCACUUUGUUCUUAA